ACAACUCCCCCAACAAUUAUUUUCCUUUAGGAGAAAAGUCAACUAAGGAUCUUUCUUAACAAACCUUUUCUUCCUCUCUUCCUCCUCCUAUCUUGUUAUGACACAAAAACCUUCCUAAAACUCAUUUCCCAAUCUUUUCUAUUUUGUUUGUGUCAUGCACAAUUCUUGUUUCACAUUCAAAAAUUUGAUUCCUAACACCCGAAAAUCAUAGCUAGCACAAACGUAGUAUGGUACGUGCAAUAGACCAAGAUCACGAAACCUACAAGGCAAUGCUACACCAACUUCGUGCAAUGAAUAAAGAAGAUAGCGGAAGUUGUGUCGUCAACAAUAGGCGUUCUCUAUCACAAAGCAUGGUUCUUGAGCGCACAAGCGAUGAUGAAUUGGUCGAGGAUCCUAGGAGCACACGAAGUUUCGUGUCCAAGUCCGAGCCACCUUUGCCUAAACAAAGGAUUGGUGCGGCCUUGGACAAAGAUCAACCAGCUCCGCGCUCUAGAUUGGCUACUAAUUAUGGUGAUAAAGAUUCUAUGCAAAGAGAUAUGGACAUGAUGAAGGAAAAGUUCGCGAAAUUGCUUCUAGGAGAAGAUAUGUCAGGCGGAGGAAAGGGUGUUUCAUCGGCUUUGGCCUUGUCGAAUGCUAUUACUAAUUUAGCAGCAUCUGUCUUUGGAGAACAGCGAAAAUUAGAGCCAAUGGCACCCGAAAACAGGGCAAGAUGGAAGCGAGAAAUCGAUUGGUUGCUGUCUGUUACUGAUCAUAUUGUCGAAUUUGCUCCUUCUCAACAGAAAUCUGCGAAUGGUACGAGUAUGGAGAUCAUGACAACAAAACAAAGAACGGAUCUUCAAAUGAACAUCCCCGCCCUUAAAAAACUUGAUGCCAUGCUAUUAGACUGCCUAGACAAUUUCAAGGAUCAGAACGAAUUCUAUUACGUAGCUAAAGAUGCUGAUGAAUCCGAAAAGGGUUCAAAGAGAGAAGAUAAAUGGUGGUUACCUACAGUUAAAGUUCCUGUUAAUGGUCUAUCUGAUGUUACAAAGAAAUGGCUGCAAUUUCAGAAGGAUUCGGUGAACCAAGUGCUUAAGGCUGCGAUGGCUAUAAACGCACAAGUCUUGUCAGAAAUGGAAAUACCCGAAAACUAUAUUGAAUCCUUGCCAAAGAACGGACGAGCUAGCCUAGGAGAUGUAAUCUACAAAAACAUAACAGUCGAAUAUUUCGAUCCUGAACAGUUUCUUAAUGGAAUGGACUUGUCAUCCGAGCACAAGAUAUUGGAUCUGAAAAACAGGAUUGAAGCUUCGGUUGUGAUUUGGAGGCGGAAGAUGACUAACAAAGAUACUAAAUCUCCUUGGGGUUCGGCAGUGAGUAUAGAGAAGAGGGAGCUUUUUGAAGAGAGGGCCGAGACCAUUUUGCUGAUUAUCAAGCAACGGUUUCCUGGGAUUUCUCAAUCCCAACUCGAUAUUAGCAAGAUCCAAUUCAACAAGGAUGUGGGUCAUGCAAUUCUUGAAAGCUACUCGAGAAUCCUAGAGAGUUUAGCUCACACAGUCUUGUCGCAGAUAGAAGAUGUUCUAUAUGCGGAUUCUCUUGUGCAAAACCCGUCUCUUGCACAAAAGAAGAGGAAUCCGCUAACAGAUAUCAAGAUCACAUCAACAAAGUUCCCGAAUGCUGAUGAAGAAAUAGAGAAGCUAAACGCAGUAGGAACACCUCCAUCAAUGACACUUUCGGACUUCAUGGGAUGGACUAUGGAAAAUGAAGCUAAGGAGGUAGCGGAAAAUGAGGACUCGAAUGAAACACCUGAAAUGAAGUUUGUUGAAAAGCUCGCGAAUCUAGCACUUCCUAAGAAGAUAUCAUAUCUAGAGAAUUUGGGCGGAUUAAGAAGCCCCACAGCUCGCCAUUGACAAGAAAACCGAUAACACUUCCAAAAUGAUUGUAACUCUGAAACGAAGCUCAGUGUAGCGAGAUUCAUUCUCAAACCCACUUCUAUAUUUCUCUUAAAGAUUUUCCAUCCCCCUUUUUUCGUGUUCGGGGAGCUAACAAUGAGUCGGGUUUGAAGCAUAAUUUAUCUUGCUUUCAUUCUAGGUUAUCAGCUAUUUCACAACUUAAGUUGUUGAUCAUUACUCCAAAAUGAAACAAAGAAAUAUCAGCAAAUUAAACAUGUGGUU